AUGUAUUUUGAUAUGAAUGUGAGCAGUAGAUGCCUUGGACCAGAGUUGAUGGAUGUUUUAAGACAGCUCGGACAUGAUGGGAUCUGUGUAAACACUGUGGUUGAGUUGGACAUAGUGAAGAAAUACAAGAAGCCUUCUUUCGAUGGCUGGAAAGACAGGAGGAUUUAUGAAAGAGUGGAGAUAAAGUAUAAAGAUUGUGAGGAUUGGGAUGAUGUUAGAAAGGAUAUUGAUCCCGAUGUUGUUGCAGUUCGAUUGGAAGGCAUGAAGGAUUUCAAGAAAGUUCUUGAGAUGCGCCCAGAUGUGAUUACAUUUGAUUACACCAAAAGCUUCUGUCUUGGAAGAGAUGAGUUCAUUGAAGCUACAAAAAGAAACAUAUUCUUUGAGAUUCCCCUGGUAUGCGGAAUGUACAGCCAAAGAAGCAAAGCCAUGUGGAUGAGGAACGCUAGAAGACUUCUAAAUGUCACUGGGGGAGUGAAUGUUGUGGUUGGGAGUGGAGCAACAUGUCUUACGGAGAUGAGAGGAGGACAAGACAUCAUAAAGAUACUCUGGGGGCUUGGGAUGAGUGAGGAUAAUGGAAGAAAGGUAUUGCUGAACUCUGCCAGGCUGGUCAGAUCUUGUGAUGUAAGAAGAUAUGUUAUGAAUUAA